AACAGCAGCUCUUGAAAAGCUUGAUGCAGGUGGUGACGGGAACAUUUUCACACGCCACUUAUUUAAUUAUGGAGCGCGGAAUGUGCCGCCCAGCGCCUGGCCGCGGCUCACCUGUCCUGGCUGGCCGGCUGGUCUAUCCGGAGCUCCUCCCGCGCCCGAUUACGCAGGGGUGACUCGGAAGCAGCCGCUUUCUGACACACAGGUAAGACGAGCCGCGGCGCCAUGUUGAGGGAGACGGAAGUGAGAGAGUGCGGUGGGGAGCCGGCAGCAGGAGAGCGCAGAGGAAAGGAGGCGGUGGCGGAGGAGGAGCAGCCAAGCGGCCGGGGCUCAGCGGCUCUUUCAUCGAGAUGACCGCUGCGUGUUAGUGUCCGCGAAGUGCUGUCCCUGGCGUAGCGCUCCGCACUUUGUCUGCUGUUCACCCCCCCCCACCUCCCUCCCCGGAGAAGUGCCCGUCCGGAGCCGAACUGAGGAGGAGGAGCGGCGGAGCGGAGAAGAUGCCUCUGCCACAGCUGGCCGACCCGUGGCAGAAGAUGGCAGUGCGGGACGCGGGGGCGGAGGACCCCCCCCACGCCGCAGAUGAGUCCGCCGGGGAUGAAGAUGGCAUAUGUGAGGAUGAAGGCUCAGUGAAGGAGAUCAGCAUUACCCAGCAUGUGAAAGAGGGCUUUGAGCGGGCUGACCCACGACAAUUUGAGCUCCGCAAAGUCCUGGGACAGGGCUCCUUCGGGAAGGUGUUCCUGGUGAAGAAGGUGACGGGGCCAGAUGCAGGCCAGCUAUACGCCAUGAAAGUGCUGAAAAAGGCCACCCUGAAAGUGCGAGACCGAGUACGAACUAAAAUGGAACGGGAUAUCCUGGUAGAAGUAAACCACCCCUUCAUCGUCAAACUGCACUAUGCAUUCCAGACAGAAGGGAAACUCUACCUGAUCUUGGACUUCCUUCGAGGUGGUGACCUCUUCACCCGUCUGUCCAAAGAGGUGAUGUUCACUGAAGAGGAUGUGAAGUUCUACCUGGCUGAACUUGCUCUGGCUCUGGACCACCUGCACAGUUUGGGCAUCAUCUACAGGGACCUGAAACCUGAGAACGUUUUGCUGGAUGAAGACGGCCAUAUUAAGCUGACAGAAGGGUGGGUCUGCCUUGGAUUGCCGGAAGAUACACUUACAGCUAAAACCCCUGCAGAUUUUGGACUGAGCAAGGAGUCCAUAGACCAUGAGAACAAGGCGUACUCCUUCUGUGGGACAGUGGAGUACAUGGCCCCUGAGGUGGUGAACCGCAGAGGCCACACCCACAGCGCCGACUGGUGGUCCUACGGCGUGCUCAUGUUUGAGAUGCUUACUGGGACCCUGCCUUUCCAAGGGAAGGACCGCAAGGAGACUAUGACCAUGAUCCUCAAAGCCAAGCUGGGAAUGCCACAGUUCCUGAGCUUGGAGGCACAGAGUCUGCUGAGAAAUCUUUUCAAACGCAACCCAGCCAACAGACUAGGAGCUGGUCCAGAUGGAGUUGAGGAGAUCAAGAGGCACCCAUUCUACUCCAGCAUAGACUGGAAUAAAUUAUUCAGGAGAGAGAUCUACCCCCCAUUCAAACCUGUGACUACUAGACCGGAUGACACCUUCUACUUCGAUCCGGAGUUCACCACAAAAACUCCCAAAGACUCUCCAGGGGUGCCCCCCAGUGCCAACGCCCACCAGCUCUUCCGUGGGUUCAGCUUUGUGGCCAUGUGCCCUGAGGAGGAGAGUGAGCCACUGGCAGGUGUGGGCGUGUCCUCUGUUGUACAGCUUCACAGACCCACAGUGCAGUUUUCUGACGUGUAUGAAAUGAAAGAGGACAUCGGAGUGGGCUCAUACUCCAUCUGCAAGCGUUGCAUCCACAAGAGCUCAAACAUGGAGUUCGCUGUCAAGAUCAUCAACAAGGCUAAGAGGGACCCCACAGAGGAAGUGGAGAUCCUGCUGAGAUAUGGGCAACACCCCAACAUCAUCACCCUGAAGGAAGUUUAUGAUGACGGCCGCUCCGUGUACCUGGUAACGGAGCUGAUGAAAGGAGGAGAACUGCUGGACAAGAUUCUCCGGCAGAAGUUUUUCUCUGAGCGAGAGGCCAGCGCUGUUCUCUACACCAUCACCAAAACCGUGGAGUACCUGCAUGCACAAGGGGUGGUCCACAGAGACCUGAAGCCCAGUAACAUCCUCUACGUGGAUGAGUCCGGGAAUCCCGAGUCCAUCCGCAUCUGUGACUUUGGCUUUGCCAAGCAGCUGCGUGCCGAGAACGGGCUGCUGAUGACCCCCUGCUAUACUGCCAACUUUGUGGCUCCUGAGGUGCUGAAGAAGCAGGGUUAUGAUGCUGCCUGUGAUAUCUGGAGCCUGGGUGUGCUCCUCUACACCAUGCUGACUGGGUUCACACCUUUCGCAAAUGGCCCUGAUGAUACUCCAGAAGAAAUUCUAGCCCGGAUCGGCAGUGGGAAGUUCUCCCUAAGCGGGGGCUACUGGACCUCAGUCUCUGCAGAGGCCAAGGACCUGGUGUGGAAGAUGCUGCAUGUGGACCCCCAUCAGAGGUUGACGGCAGCCCAGGUCCUCAGACACCCCUGGAUUGUGCAGAAGGACCAGCUGCCCAAGUACCAGCUUAGGAGACAGGAUGCCCCACACCUGGUCAAGGGAGCGAUGGCCGCAACAUACUCAGCUCUGAACAGAAACGUGUCUCCAGUGCUGGAGCCUGUAGGCUCCUCGACAAUCGCUCAGCGACGGGGCAUCAAGAAACUGACCUCCACUGCCCUGUGAGCCCUGACCUCCAUGCGGCACAGACACCCAGUGUGACCCAGCCGGCCACCCUGUAGGGACCCGAACACUGAACGAGUAGCAGAGCUUGGACCUGUAGUGUUACCAUCACACCUCCUGGCCAAGAGAACAGAUGGCCUUGUACAAUCAUUUUUGCAUCCAAGCAGGAGAAGCUAGGAAACUGAAAUUCUGCAUAAGUAUUUUUAUUUUGAAUAAUUAGAGAUACUUAAGCAAAAGAAAUUGAGCAGAAGUGGGUGAGAAUGACUUUUGGUCAUUAACAUGAGUGGAGGGCUACUGCAAAGGUGAGAGAGCCACACAGCUGGGAUCCUCACAGAUAUGUCUGCUGGGCCAUAGCCAAAAGUCUGCCUCUAUCUAGUGUUCGAAAAUGACAGAGGUGGCCAGGCCAAAACUGGUCUGGCAGCUCUCUGUUGUAUACCCCAUCCAGCCACCAGAGCUGCCACAUCUCUUCUGAUUUUAUUUUUUUUACACAUCUGUUCAAGGUUGCCGCAGGGCAUUUUAUUGUAAAAAAGACCAUGUGACUGUGUCCUUUUGGACUCCUCCUAUUACCCUCCUAGCAGAGGGUGUCCCAAUCCUUCCUGUGUAGUCUUUACCUGUCUCCGCACCACAUGAAAAUAGCCUCAUUUAUGGCUGCUUCUCUGCAUCCGGAACUAAGUUCUGGUCUCUGGGUUUUCUCAUUUUAACUGACCUCUCAUAUUUCGCUCUCCACAUCGGAUCAGAAGAUGUACGUCACGGCCUGCGGCGGGGGGCGUUCUGGACCUGUGUGCACCUCAGCCUGUCAUGCCCAGUUCUUCGUUCUGGUGGCUGCAUCGAACAUUAUUUUGUAGUAUUUAUAGCUCCGCAGAUCUCAGGUUUACACAGACGCGAUGACAGUGACACCUGGUGGUAUAUAUGUACAAUGAGCUGGUGAUUCAGUGCCACACUGAUGGUCCAUGGAUGUCAACCCGUAUUAUUACUACUGAAUGACCGGUGAUUGAAAGUGAGAACUUUUAGCAAAAGCGGGAAUCCAUUAGUGGGUGAACCGCCUAUAUGGAUAUAGCUGUCUUUCAAAACAAUGCAAAAAAACAAUAUCUGCAUUGCAGAUGCAGUUAUAUACGACAUACAAGGACAUUAAUAAAAAUUUAAUAAAAGUAUAUAUUUACGUA